AUGCAGGUGCGGUCUUUGACACUAGAUGUCAAAGUUUGGGAGCCAACAAUUUUGGAUUUAUUUCGUGCUUUGGGCAAUACAUACUGUAACUCUGUGUGGGAAGAACUACUGCUCCUUCAAGAUGAAAGUAUGGAUGAUUUGAAUAUAGUCAUGGUGCCCAUAAAAAAGCCAAGCCCUAAGGAUCCUUUGUCUGAAAAGGAGAGGUACAUCCAGUCCAAGUAUGUAGAAAAACAUCUGAUUAUCAAGGAAACUGUGCAACCUGAUCUGCCUAUGCACACUGUCCGUAUUUGGGAAGCAGUCAAAAAUAAUGAUGUGCAAACUGCUUAUCGCCUGCUUGUAGCAUUAGAUGCAAAUCCUAACACUCUAUAUGAUGAGGUUCAUAAUGAUGAUCAUCACACUGUUGAUGAACAGCAGUCUAACAGUGGAUUUCCUGACAGAAAACAGUUUGAUCCAGCGAAUUGUGAGAAAAUUCUGGGUUCAGGUGAACCUGGAGAUUGCUUACAAGGCUGUAGCCUCCUACAUUUAGCAUGUCAUAUGGGUGAUCCUGUGAUGCUUGAGCUGCUGCUGCAGUUUGGUGCUGACAUAAAUUUACAGGAUUUCCAUGGAAGGACUCCCCUUCACCAUUGUGUCUUAAAGAGGAAUGAUGCCCUGGCUAAGUACUUAAUAAGGAGAGGUGCACACACUUCUAUAAGUGACUGUGGCGGCCUUACUGCAUUGGAGAGAGCAAUGGAGUUAGGAGCAAUAACAGAUGAGGAACUUUUUAUACUGCUAUCAUCAUGAUGGAAGGUUUCUACAAUCUACUACAGGCCUGUUGGGACCAGAGUAAAGUAUGCACGGAAGUCCCAAGGAUUAUCUUUGAAGAUGUGGCCAUUUGUCAUUGGCGAAACAUAUGAUGAUUAUUCCUGCAGUUUGUAUCCUUUCACAUAUUUGAAGCUAUCAUCAUUACUAUUAGCUCAGAUAAUGAGCCGGUUAGACAUAUACAUCACUGAAUUUAAGUUUAUAAUCUUCCUGAUUUGGCUAUGUACUAUUUUCAUGCAUACUCGAAGUGAUUGAUGAUGCUGCAUUGGAAAUCAGAUGCCACCAUUGUUGUUGAUCAGCUCUUUGUGCCUUUCUCAAUGACUAGCUCUUGUGUGGUAAAUGACAUCGACCGAAGAUGGACAGAAAAUUUAGUGUUUUAAGUGACUAAUUGAGUGUGUAAUUUGUGUUCAAUGCCAGAAUCUCACCAUCAUGCAAAUGUAUUUUCAGCUUAAAAUUGGGGAGGAUAUUGCAUUAUUGCCUGAGGGUGCUAUUUUUCUAGAAUGUUAUUUUCUAAAUUACUUUUUACUGAAGUACUUUUUCGACA